AUUUUCAACAUUGAAUUUAAAAUGGAAUCUGAUUAAUUUGAUUCUAAUUGUUUUUCUUUAACUAAUUAGUCGUUUUUUUACCAAUAAUCAUUUCUAAAGUGUCUACUUUCAUUCUAACCGUGAAAUCAAUGUUAAUUUGCUGAGUAAAUCGGUGAAAAUCUUGAGAAAACAAAUGGCUUUGUUGAAGACUCUGUUACAGUCUAAUCCGAUUUCUACGUUAUUACCAAGCCUUAUUGGUAAAAGAUGUAUCAGUACCAAUCAAAUAUUGGAUCAAGCGUUUGUUGGAACCUAUAUGAGAGUCGUUGAUAAUAGUCCUUUAGGAAAACAGGCCAUGCUUGACGGAAAACCACCGAAAAUCAUUGGUAUUUACCGUAAACCAAGAAUUGCGACUUUAGGAACCAAAGUAAUGGUCGCAAUUAAAGGAUUGAAAAAGAAAGGAGUAGUUGUUGGUUUGUUGCGACUUCAAAAACCGGGUGUUCCUCGAUUCGAUUCAAAUAAUAUGAUUCUUUUAGAUGACAAGGGUAAUCCAUUAGGAACACGAAUUCUAGUUCCAAUACCAAAUUUACUUAGAAACAACCGACUUGGACUGAAUAAGGUAAUAGCAAUUGCGACCAAAUUUGUCUAGAAUUGGUUUCGAUUGAGUUAAAUUAAAUAUUAAGAUCGCAGAUUGUUUUUUUUUUAAAUUGUUCAAAUCUCAAGGUUCAAACUAAUUGUAUUUCUAGUUAAAUGAGUUAUAAAUAUUGAACGAUUCGUUCAAAAGUAACAUUUAA